AUGUCAACAAGCACUGCAGCACAACAAGCACUAGAACAAGCGCAGCAACUUUUCCGAAGCAAAGUCGAAAGCCCAAGUAUUUACGAUGAAAUACUGAGUGCAGGAACCAUCGAAGAGGUUUACAAGCUUACAAAUGAUAUUCAAUCCAAACUAGCCCCGCAGGGCAAGCUCCGGCACCUAGCGAAGAUCAAGCCCUUCCUAGACAGACUUUCUGAGUACGCCAGCGUGAUUGAAGUAUUUAUCCAAGCAAAACCUGAUAUCUUGGCUUUGUUAUGGGGCCCUAUCAAGAUCAUAUUGCACUGGUCCAGCCAGAUCAGCUCCGUCCUAGACCAGGUUGCCGAUAUCUUAGAAACUAUCGGCUACGCCCUUCCGCACUUUGCCAGAAUGGCACAGACAUUCAACACCAGCGAUGCGGUCAUCUCAGCCUUGACUCUCUAUUUUGAGGACAUACUUGACCUUUAUGCUAUUUUCUUUCACUUCUUUCGUAAAACUAGAUGGAAGCAGUUUUUCGAAGUCCUGUGGCCCAACUGCUUAAAGAAGAUUGAUCCUGUCAUCAAGAAUCUCGAGAAACACUCACUUCUGAUGAAAAACGAAGUUACCUUUAUCGACAUACAAGAAGCAAGGGAAGCUCGAGCUCACACGUCCGAGCAGCUAAGCCGAGCCGAAGCUUCCCAGCAGCUUCAAAGAUUUCGUGCCCUUAGAUCUCGAGUAUCGCCAGACUUAUAUGACAGUCGUCUAGAUUGGUUCCGCAACAGAUGUGUCUCUGGCUGCGAAACAUGGUUGUUGAAGGAUGGAGAGUUUGGGGAAUGGAUGGACCCCAACAGCAACAACACGACAUAUAUUUGGCUCCAGGGAAUCCCCGGCGCGGGGAAGACCUACUUGUCGGCAGCAGCCAUUGACCAUACUAGGGAACAUCACCAGACACUCUUCGCAUUUAUAUCACACGGAACGAAAAGCAGCCGAUCUGCCUUAUCAAUUCUUCAUUCCCUUGUAUUCCAGGCUGCUGAAGAUGAUCAAAGCUUUCAAGCUCACUUACUCGACUCAAAGGAACGAGAGCUUCAAGGUAAUACAAGUUUUGUGUUGGAACUGCUCAAAAAGUUUCUUACUACAGCCGGGCGCACACAUAUCAUCAUUGACGGACUUGAUGAAAUGAACGAAUACGAACGCCAGAUUUUGUUGAAGCGUUUCGAUGAGUUGUCCAAGGAUUGCAGUGAUCUGCGACUGAUGAUUUCAAGCCGAGCUGAAGAUGACAUUGCCACAGCCCUCAAGGAUAAAGCCACUGCGAUUCGGGUCGAUCACAGGAACUCGGGGAGUAUUCAAACCUACAUCGACCAAAGAUGGGAACUAUGGUUGGCAAAUCAGGGAUUUGACACGGCAGUCAGAAGGGAGUUAUUUCAAUCAGUUGCACCUAUAUUGGCCAAGGCAAAUGGAAUGUUUCUUUAUGCACGGAUUAUUCUCGAUAAUCUGGAACAGAUGAACACCAUCGAAGAGAUCCGAGACGAACUCAGGGCUUUGCCAAAUGAUCUCGAGGGCGCGUAG